AUGGAGACGAGGAAAAGGAAAAGAGAUUCAAGCGACGGCGAGCAAGGAGAGCCGCCGACGGUUGAUGAUGACGGGGACGAAGGUAAGCUUGGAAAAGGAAAGGGAUCAGAUAUGGAUGGCGGACAAGGGGAAAGAGCAAAGAAGCAGCAGAAAGGGAAGAGCAAGGUCGCCACUGCCGGCAGGUAUGAGCUUUGCCGCGGCGACAGUGAUGACAAACAAAGGAAAUUUGGCGGUGCUCAUGUUGAGUUUGAUUCUGAGAAUCGGUUGGUGGUGAUUGAUGAGUUUUGGAAAGGAAGAGGGGAGUGCCAAGAAGAAGAAGUAGAAGAUGAAGAAGUCGUGGCUUUUUAAGAAGGGGAAGCAAAGUGCGGUGAAGCCGAAGAAAGAACUCCCCCCCUUUUUCUUGGCCUACAAGGCCUCUCUUUUAUAGCAGGGAGUUAUACUGUAGCUCUACAGUAGUUAACGGUUGUGCACUGUUCUUAUUGGUUGUUAGGGGUAGGGGGUAAGUGUAUUUUUUUGAUUGGCUAGUAGGGUAGGUUAGUUGUAUUUUGUGAUUGGUUGAGGAUUGGGCUGGGCUUGUGCCUGGUUGAACCAGUCCGGUUCGACCGGGAUUGGAUCUGGCCCGAGUACGACUGGGCUUGGAUUUUUGGGUUUGGUUGACUGUGAUAUGGGCUUGACCCAACUUAGGCCUGUUGACUUGCAUUUACCAGAGUUGACUACGGUUUGGGCUUCUAUGUGAGCCCAAUUUCUUCUAUUGUACAAUUGUAAUUAGAAUGUAAUAGCAAAUUAACAUUGUAAUUAUUAUGGAUUGUAAUAAUGAUUUUAGUAUUUAGCAUUGUAUUUAUCUUAAUAAAAUUGUCA